CUAUGAAGACAUCGAUGGCACAAACGACAAACCAGCAGACUACAACGAGAGAAUCAACUACUAUGGCGGUGUCAACGUCUGGUACAACGACUCAUGAGCAAACUGCAGCAUCAACGAAUGUUGGAACAACACAACACCAAACCACAAUGCAUGAUCAAUCUACAACACCCGAGUCUACUGCUAGAACAGUGCAGGACCCUACCACGACUGUCGAGGCCACAACGGCAUGGGCUCAGACAACACCAUAUUCAACAACGACAGAAAAUAACCUGCACACCACAAUGCCAGUGUCUACUGACGAUACAGCGACGCACGAUGAAACCUCCACCCAGGUAUCAAGUGAUGUACCUACCGCUGAGGUGUUACCGGAUACAACGACGAAAAUAGCCGUGUCGGUUAUUCCAACAACAGAUGAAUCCAAAACGAUAACAGCAACGCCGGUGACAACCACGACGAAAGUGUCAACGGCAACAACAAAAGAGCAACAGACUGAAAUAGAAGAAACAACUGAUGUAACAGCGACAAUUAUUCCAACAAAAGAAGAUCAGGAAUCAACAGUACACAUGUCAACUUUUACAACAGCAACUACACAGCCUUUCUCUACUGAAGCUGCAUCAACAGCUACAGCAACAUCACAAGGUGGCACAACAGUCCCAACCGCUGUAGCAACGACACUGAAGUCUACAACGGAGACGUCAACCUUUUUAGUGUCGACACUAAUGACCACUGAGGCUGUAACUACAGCAAGAUCUACAACUGUAGAUCCAGUUGUUACAACGGACACGUUUACCACUGAGGCUAUAACUACAGGAAGUUCUACAACACAACCAGAUGUUACAAUAUCCAUUGCAGCCACCCCAAAACAGACUAUGUCAACAGGACAGGAGACUACAAAUGGGGUAGUGUCGAUUUUUCCAACCGCACAGGAUGGCAGUACAAUAAGAAUGUCAACGGUUGAAGGAACAACGGAACUUCCUCUGACCACCACAUCGGCUUCCAGCGCUGUAACGACUAAACACGAUGAUACUACAAUACCAGUGUCAACUGCUACAGCAACGACAAGCAAAACUACAACUGAAGAAACGACACGAGACACAACCACAAGGCCGAUCCAGGUGUUCCAACUACAGCAAUGA